AUGGCGCAGACGAAGCAGAUCGAGACCUCGCUCCUCACCGAGCACUUUCGCUACACGCCGCUCACCCUCAUUGACCAGAUAAUCAACAUGAUCAACGAGCUGAUCAACCGCGCGGUCGAUGCGGUUGAGGCCGGCCUGCUCGAGACACCACCCUCGCGCCUUGGCUUCGCUGCCAGAGCGGCCGCGGAGAACACUAUACCAGACACCGACGGCGAAGGAAACCCGCUUUUUCCAGACGCAAGAAAAGAGAUUGAAGAAGGCGUGCACCAACUAGAAACGCUACUGGAAGCUACGGUCGAUAAGAACUUUGACAAGCUGGAAAUCUAUUUGCUGAGAAAUGUUCUCACCGUGCCUGAGGACCUGGUGCCGUGGGUGAGGCUGGCGCAUUAUCAGGACCUUCAACUACCGAACACCUCAACCUCGUCCUCAACCCCGCUGCCGACCCCCGAAUCCGUCCAAGCCCUACGUCGGAAAGUUCAAGAAACCAACAAACUACAUACCGCCCUUCUCGCGGAAAAGGCACGCAAUGAGGCCUUGCUUACGCAGCUACGCGGUCUAUUAGGAGGCAAUACAGGCAUGAAGACCGAGCCGGCGUCCUCGCCGCAGCACACCAGCGACGGCCCCGCCCCAACAGCUGCCCAGAACCCUUCGCUCGCUUUCCUGGCAUCGGCACCGGCGGCGCAGAACUUGGGCAUCUCUCUCCCCACCGAUGGGACUGCUGCGCUGCCUAGGCACGAGCCGCUGAGGCAGAACACGGCGUUCGCGCUAAGCCAGCUCCCGGCGCUGCGGCAGAUCCUGCAGAAUUUAAGGCCGAAGAUCGCGGCGCUGGGCACGGCGGGUGGCGCUGGGCCCGAGUCGGAAUUCGCGAAGCAGCGGAGCGAAUACGUGGAGAAGCGGACGAAGAGGAUAAUGGAGAGGAAGGGUAUGGAUGUUGGGAGUGGUGAGGGUAGCUCGGAGGGUCUGGGGAGAAGAAUGCUGCCGGAGGAGGUGAAGGGCAUGGAGGCGGUAGCGGGGCUCGUUGGAGAAAAGACGGAAGGGGGCGAGAAUGGGGAGCAGAUGCAGGAGUAA